CCUCGAGCUCCCCCUAUCCAUCCAUCAUCCAGUCCACGCCCUCCGCCACCAAUGCAGUAGCCAGCCGAGCCGCCUCACCCCACCUCGCCGCUCGCGAUGGCGGUCACGCGUGUCGCGGUGGCCGUCGCACUCCCGUCCGCGCUGCCCUCCUCCCGCCGCCGCCGGGCCGUGCCCCCCUCCUCCUGCCGGCCUCUCCCCACCUCCCGCGCGUCCAAGGCGCUGCACGCCGCCGCCGCCCCCGCCGUAGGCGCGGUCGACGAGGAGACCCCCGCCGCGUCGCCUUCCUCAGAUUCUAGCAAGGGAGUGGAGAACCUGGUGAUCAUUGGUUCCGGCCCGGCCGGGUACACUGCUGCAAUCUACACUGCCAGGGCAAACCUGAAGCCCAUCGUGUUCGAAGGUUACCAGGUGGGUGGUGUCCCUGGUGGGCAGCUGAUGACCACGACCGAGGUGGAGAAUUUCCAUGCGCAAGGGGAGGGGAGGGGAGGGCGACGGGAGGGUUUCGUGGAGGUCGAGCUGCCGCGCCGCCUUCGUGUCCGAUGGUUCGCGCGGGGGGCGCCGCGUCGGAAGGCCACUGGACCCACCUCGCCGCCGCUCCCGUUCCCUUCUGAGCCUCGGCGGCGAUGGCGCUCCAGACGGCUAGGCGGCGACGGACGCUUCUGCCAACUCCAUAAGUCUGGCCCAAAGCCCAUCAUCACUACUGGGCGCGGUGAGGCGCGCGGCCCACCUAGUAUGUACAUAGCAGUCCUAGCUGGCUCGUGAUGGUGUGCAGGGGAGGAACGAGUUCUUUUUUAUCCCAGGAAGGAGUUUUUUUUUAUCCCAGGCAGAUGAAACGAUCGGUCUCCAGCGAGCGGGGGGUUAUUUGCAUAAAGGCCACGCCAUCUGGACUCGUUAUAGGCUUAUUUGAGACCUAAAUUGAGUUUAGGCACGAUGAUGACAUACUUUAAAAGUUCGUGGAGCGGAAAAAGUUUAAGGACCGGAGAUGUACUUUACUCUAUUUAUAGAGAUGUCCUGGUUCCCUCUUCCCUGAUCCGAGUUGGAUUACUGUUCCAAAGUCUGAACUUUGCAGUUCAUAGCAUAGGCAGAUGGGCUAUUUCGCUAAAUCCAAUCAAAUUUUGUC